AUGGCUACGGGUUGGAAAUUGACUGCUGAUAUCGGGUCACCGAUUGAGGAUGCUACACAGUAUCGGAGUAUAGUCGGUGCGUUGCAGUACGCUGUUAUCACUCGUCCCAAUAUUGCUUUUUCAGUAAAUAGAGUAUGCCAAUUCAUGCAAUCUCCGUGUGAUGUUCAUCUUCAGGCGGUAAAGCGCAUACUAAGAUACUUACAGGCCACUGUCGACUUUGGUCUUCGGUUUUCAGCAUCACCUCGCUUGUCUUUGACAGGAUUUGCAGAUGCAAAUUGGGGAACAGAUGCAGAUGACAGAUGUUCGACCUCCGGUUACUGCAUCUACUUUGCCGGGAAUUUAGUCUCACGGGGCUCUCGUAAACAGCAGGUGGUAGCUCGCUCCUCUGCAGAAGCCGAGUAUCGCAGUGUGGCGUGUGCUGCUGCUGAGAUGGCAUGGCUUGAGUCUCUCUUGAGUGAACUUCGUGUGACUGUCCAUGGUAAACCUGUUUUGUGGUGUGAUAAUUCUAGUGCUGUUGCAGUGUGUGUGAAUCCAAUUCUUCAUUCCAAAUUCAAACAUGUUGAGCUUGAUCUGUUUUUUGUUAGAGAGAUGGUAGCUGUUGGAAAACUCUCUGUUCAGGAGGUUCCUGCCUUUGAACAAGUAGCUGAUAUUCUAACUAAUCUACUGUCUGCUCCUAUGUUUCUCAAACAUCGACAGCGGCUGCUUGUGUCUCAAGUUCCAGGGAAGUCUCACGUCUCAAGGGUUGAAGAGUAG